GCCGCUGAUCCGCCAUCAUCUGCAAACCUGCGGGAUAAACCGAAACUGCUGUUAAGACUUCACAAAGUCAUUCAUUAUCUCUUCAACGGGAUCUUUCCGUGAACGAGAACUUUCGGUUGAUGCUUAGUCGCUGGGAGGGAUUAAUUUAACAACAAGAGGAAACUUAAGCACGGUGUUUUAAAGUCUCAUCCCUCCAUUUUGAAUCUGACUGGAAUUUCGGGAGUUUGAAACUCGGAGAAACAUGACAAGCAUUAAUACAGCAAACAUCAACUUCAAAUGGGAUCCCAAGAGCCUGGAGAUCCGCACGCUGGCUGUGGAAAGACUGCUAGAGCCACUGGUCACACAGGUAACCACACUUGUGAACUCCAGCAACAAAGGACCUUCCAACAAGAAAAAGGGGCGCUCCAAGAAGGCUCAUGUUCUGGCAGCUUCUGUGGAAACAGCAACCCUGAACUUCCUUGAGAAAGGAGAGAAGAUUGCUAAAGAGAGCCAGUUCCUAAAAGAUGAGCUGACUGCGGCGGUGGAAGAUGUCCGCAAGCAAGGAGAAUCCAUGAAGUUGGCAUCAGGAGAGUUUGCGGAGGAUCCUUGUUCUUCAGUGAAAAGAGGCAACAUGGUGCGUGCUGCUCGUGCCCUUCUCUCUGCCGUUACUCAUCUGCUUGUUUUGGCUGAUAUGGCCGAUGUAUACCAACUCCUGCUGCAGCUCAAACUGGUGGAGGAGAACAUGGUAAAGGUGCGUAAUGCUGGCACCGAGCAGGACCUGGGCAUCCAGUACAAAGCUCUGAAGCCGGAGGUGGAUAAACUGAACAUGAUGGCAGCCAAAAGGCAGCAGGAGCUCAAGGACGUCCAUCACAAAGACCAAAUGGCAGCGGCCCGUGGCAUCCUGCAGAGGAACGUUCCCAUGCUGUACACGGCCUCACGCGCCUGCCUGCAGCACCCUGAUGUAGCUGCCUACAAGGCCAACCGGGACCUCAUCUACAAGCAGCUGCAGCAUGCUGUUUCCGGCAUAUCUAAUGCGGCUCAGGCUACCAGCAGCGAGGACUCCAGCUUCUCCCACCCUCAAGGUAGAGGAGAGUUGGCCGACGCCCUCAACAACUUUGAUAAGCAGAUCAUCGUGGACCCUCUGAGCUUCAGUGAGGAGAGGUUCCGUCCCUCUCUGGAGGAGCGUCUGGAGAGCAUCAUAAGUGGCGCUGCCCUCAUGGCCGACUCAUCUUGCACGCGUGACGACCGUCGCGAGCGCAUCGUGGCUGAGUGUAACUCUGUGCGACAGGCCCUGCAGGACCUGCUCUCGGAGUACAUGGGCAAUGCUGGAAGGAAAGAGAAGAGCGAUGCCCUCAACAUGGCCAUUGACAAGAUGACUAAGAAGACCCGUGACCUGCGCAGACAGCUCCGGAAGGCUGUGAUGGACCAUGUGUCUGACUCUUUUCUGGAGACCAAUGUUCCUCUGCUGGUAUUGAUCGAGGCUGCCAAGAAUGGUAAUGAAAAGGAGGUGAAGGAAUAUGCCCAAGUUUUCCGUGAGCACGCCAACAAACUGAUUGAGGUUGCUAACCUUGCAUGCUCCAUCUCCAAUAAUGAGGAAGGAGUGAAGCUGGUGCGGAUGGCCGCUUCCCAGCUGGAAACGCUAUGCCCCCAGGUGAUUAAUGCAGCCUUGGCCCUGGCCGCCAAGCCGAACAGCAAGGUGGCCCAGGAUAACAUGGAUUUAUUUAAGGACCAGUGGGAGAAGCAGGUGCGAGUGCUUACUGACGCAGUCGAUGACAUCACUUCCAUUGACGACUUUCUCUGCGUGUCUGAAAACCACAUUCUGGAGGAUGUUAACAAGUGCGUGAUCGCCUUGCAAGAGAAGGAUGUCGAUGGGCUCGAUCGCACUGCCGGAGCCAUCCGCGGAAGAGCUGCCCGUGUGGUCCAUGUGGUCACCUCUGAAAUGGACAACUACGAACCUGGAAUCUACACGGAGAAGGUUCUGGAAGCCACCAAGCUUCUCACGAAUACAGUGAUGCCACGUUUUACCGAGCAGGUGGAGGCGGCCGUGGAAGCUCUGAGCGCCAACAAUGGACGACCUCUGGAUGAGAACGAGUUCAUCGAUGCUUCCCGACUGGUCUACGACGGCGUGAGGGACAUCAGAAAGGCGGUGCUUAUGAUCAGGACCCCAGAUGAGCUGGAUGAUUCGGACUUUGAGACAGAAGACUUUGAUUCUCGCAGCAGAACCAGCGUGCAGACAGAAGAUGAUCAGCUUAUUGCCGGACAGAGCGCACGGGCCAUCAUGGCUCAGUUACCCCAGGAGCAGAAGGCGAAGAUUGCCGAGCAGGUGGCCAGUUUCCAGGAGGAAAAGAGCAAGCUGGACGCUGAGGUGUCCAAGUGGGAUGACAGUGGAAAUGACAUCAUCGUUCUGGCCAAGCAGAUGUGUAUGAUCAUGAUGGAGAUGACUGACUUCACUAGGGGAAAAGGACCACUCAAAAACAACUCUGAUGUGAUCAACGCUGCGAAGAAGAUUGCCGAAGCCGGAUCGAGAAUGGACAAACUGGGCCGCAAAAUAGCAGACCAGUGUCCAGAUUCAGCGUGUAAGCAGGAUCUGUUGGCUUAUCUGCAGCGUAUCGCCCUGUACUGCCACCAGCUUAAUAUCUGCAGUAAAGUCAAAGCUGAAGUGCAGAAUCUGGGAGGAGAGCUUGUGGUGUCUGGGGUUGACAGCGCCAUGUCUCUGAUCCAGGCAGCCAAGAAUCUGAUGAAUGCUGUGGUGUCCACCGUGAAAGCCUCAUACGUGGCAUCCACCAAAUACCAAAAGACUCUAGGAAUGCAGAAUCUCAACAUGCCUGGCGUCUCUUGGAGGAUGAAAGCUCCCGAGAAGAAGCCGCUGGUCAAGCGCGAGAAGCAAGAUGAUGGCCAGACCAACAAAGUAAAGCGAUCCUCUCAGAAGAAGCACAUCAACCCCGUGCAGGCUCUGAGCGAGUUCAAAGCAAUGGAUAGUAUUUAAGCAGCGACCCUUAUACCAUUUCACCAGAUCAUAAUAGAUUAUACUUAAAAUGUAGAUUAUUCCAAUCGGUCGGAUUUAGCGAGUAUAUAUUAAACGCAUUCCUGAACCUUAGUCACCAACCUGCCUUUUUUCCAUAAACACAGGCGGUCGAGUACACCAAGAUCUGUUAAGCAAUCGAUAUAUUAUUUACACAUGAAUGCAUUCUGCUCAAUCUUUACGUGGGGUUUUCUGAGCACACUUUUGAAUUUAUGGCAUAAGUCACAUUUCUAUGCUAGAUUUGACUGUUGUAUUUUUUAAGUGUAUUUUACAAGAACUGUUUUAUAUUUCACACUAAGGGCUUUAAGCCCCAGUUACUGUCUGUGAUUUAGGGUUUUCCCCCUUUAUGCCUAUGCAAACUUUGACUGUAACACUUGCAAUAUUCUGUGUUUUGGUUUGAAUCUUUAAUAGACAACAGACGUUUAAUAUUUAGUGUCAGUUCUAAGACCAAAGUCAUUGUAUUUGCUGUGCCUAAUAAACCUUCUGAUAACUUCUUUUGUUUAGCCCUUUGAUUAACAACUGUAACUUUGUAAAUGUUUAUAUUGUGGAUGUCUAUUUGUUUCUAUCAGGAAAAAAUCCAAACUGCGACAAAAGGACUAAAGUAGAAGUUGAGGAACACAAAAUAGAUAUUUUCUCACUCACUAGAGUUGUCUCGAGAGAAAACAAUCUCAAUAAUGCCCCUAGUAAUCUCGAGGUUCAGCAGGGCACCGCUAAACGCGAGUGAGAUGGAGAGCCCGAGCGAGUUCAAACUUCAGGCCUGUAUUUAAAUUCAAUAGUCUGGCCUUAGGCCCCUGCUCUCCUCCAUCCUCCGUGACUCAGACUCUGAUUAAAUGAAUCAACACGCCUCUUAUUCAGACGAGUGCUUCUAAGAGUGGGAGAAUUCUUGGGCUAAAUGGGUGUGGAUGGACUUGGCCAGAAAUCCGCUUGCUGCCAAGCACCACCGACGAUAAAUGAGAUCAGCUACCCUGAACAACACCCUAAUCGAGCUUCCAAAUCACAGCGAUCAAUAUUCUUCAUAAGGCUGUGCUAGUUAAUGUGUUUAUCAGCUCGUCUCUUGCAGUACGUGAUAAAGAAAUAUUUCCCAGAGCUUUAGGCUUUUAUAAAGUAGGUGCUUUGUGUAACGUUUCUCAUAGGAUAAAUCAAUUCUUAAUUGUGAAUGGUGCACGGUGCUUGAUUCGCUGCGCACGGGGAUGACCUCGAAUGAGCUGCUUCGGAGUUGACUGAUCAACAGGGAAAAUGCUUUUCGCAUUAGUCAGAACAGUGGGUGGUAAAGUGUUGCUUUUUGAGUGCAGUUUUAAUCAUGCAUUGCUAUCAUGCAUGAAUGUGUGACGGUUCUUUGAAGUCGCCGAAUGCCACUUCCAGUCCGGUUCCAGCUGAAACGCAUUUGCGUUUUUAAACCAUGGUGUGUUGGAUUACCAGUGACUUGAGGAAUGUUUUAAAAAAAAUGUAAGUGCAUCUCAAUUGUCAUGGCUAUGGCCAUUUUAGUGCUGGUUUGGGAUUGUUGUUUGUUCUUUAACUGAAAAUGAAUUUGCUGGUUUUUCUUUAUGAAUUGUAUUUUUUAUUUUCGUUGGUGUUUCAGUUUGCUUUGGGAGUACAUUCUACUGAUUGUACGGUUUUGCAUCCUUUAUUAAAAUAAAAAGUGAACUUUA